GGUAAACGUGGGGUCCUCGGGGGUGUGUCGCAACUUCAGGUGCAGCUUCCAGUGCAGCUUCAGCGCAGACCAAACAUAGCUAUUGCAAGGGAAUCGUUCUCGAGCCCUUUUAGGUCGCCAUUGCACCUGGAGGUAUUUCGAGUGCUGGCCACUGCUGGCCAUCAUGCCGCCAUUUCGACUCUAGCACCUCCUCCUCCGUUUGCUCGGCUCUUCUCAGCUCUGCCGUGGCGAUCCUCCCGCUCUCUCUGAAAUCAACAUGGAGCCGCCUGCGAAACGGGCUCGAACCGGGCCUGCCGCUUGGGACGACGGCGAUGACGAGGAAGCUAACGACGACGAGCUCACUCUGUCAGCCGUCCAAUUCGAUGCCCGGCAGCACCCCAUGUACCAGUUGGACAAAAGAAGGGCAAGGUCUGCCUUCAAACUCAAGUCCACAUUCGAGGAUAUCUUCGUCAAGUAUGGCAAGGACUUCGACGGCGUCGGCGAUGAGAUCGAUCUGCGCACUGGCCAAGUCGUUAUUGACAACGGGCAUCUGCAAUCCCUUGAGGAUAAGGACCAGGACAAAUCAGAAGACGAGGAGGACGACCAAGAUCAGACAUUGCAGCAAGACAGGAAUCGCGCCAAGCGCAACAAGUCCGACGAAACCCUGCAACGCAGACGAGCAUCCCAUGGUCCGCCAUUUCAAUCCCCGAAUCUCGCCACGGGCACAUUUGACCCGGCCUGGCAAACCCCCGACCUAGAAUCCUCCGUACCAAGCCCUGGAUUCGGAUCAGCCGCUCCAUUCAGCAACAAUGGAUACCAACCCCUGGUAGGCGCAACCGGCCCGGCAACGGGUUACGGUUUCCUCAGUGCGCUUGGGCAACCAUAUAGGAGGUUUGUAGCAGCUAAAGACGUCGGGCCGAAACCCUUCAGGUUAUCCGAUGCAAAUGAAGAGGACCAAUGCACUGAGUCGGAAGAAGAAGAAGAAGAAGAAGUGGAUCAUGUCGACGAGGAGGAUGAUCUACAGAGCAUGAGUGCCCACCAUGAAAAACCCAUUCCACGACCGCACAAGAAGAGGUUAUCCGAGCUUGUAGCGGUUUCAUUUACAGGCCUGGAGGUAGCCCCCAAGGACCAGAGGCAGGAAUCUGCGUUGGACCACCCCCAAGGCACGAGUCCAUCCCGACGCCGACGAGGGAGGCCGAAAAGGCAGCCCAAAGGCCAGCCCAUAGUUGUUGAAGUAAAAAAUAUACCAAGAUCAAACCGGACUCUAGAUGUCGAUCCGGACGGUAUCAACCCAUCAACACAGAAACUCCACAGGUCUUCUACGGAUAUCGUGACGCAAGAACCGGUGGCCACACACGGUCGUUGGCAAGCGCAAACGCCUAUCACCGAUGACUCUUCUGACUCGCAAAGCCGGCGAUCAGCUCGCAUGCGCAAACAACCCCAACGAUAUGACCAGAUGAGUUGGUUCGUGGGUGGACAGGGAAAGCAGACUACAACGCGUGUAAUGACGCCACCACCGGACCCUCAAUCACAUUUACUCGGGAGAAAGUCUCUUCCAGGGGGCACAAUGACGCAAACUCUUCCCUUCAGAUGCACCUUAGACACGGAGCGGUCAAAUGCAACGGAAGAUACUGAUGCCAGACACCUGGUUGAUGAUCCUGUCGCAACAGACAUAUCCAAGCCGGUUACACUUUCAGGCUCUCCGCAUGCUACAGACAAAAUCGUACGAAAUACAGAACACUCUAAUUCGAAAUUAUACCAGAACGUAUUUGAGGAUACUCAAGCCCUGAGCUCAUCGAUGCCAGAUCCGAACCUAGGUGUCACGAACGAGUCUACUAACAUUGCUAUGGAGUCGCUUGCUACUCCAAAUGCCCCAUCGGGAUCCCACACGCAUAUCAUAUCUACCCCGCCGUUGAUUGACAGUGCAAGCACAAGCACGCAGGACUUACCGGAUGACCAGCAGGAACGUGUCUCAGCGGAAAAAGGGGCGGGAGUUACCACUGACAAAGAGAGCCUGUCAGGUGCUAGUCAAAGAGAGGCUCCUGUGCAAAACACUCACGAGCAAGAGAUUCUGCAAGAUUGCGACGACGCGGAUGAAUCAAUUGAGUUAGGCGAGCCAAUCACCCCACAUACGGCGAAUGGGCCGGAGGAAAUUGAAAGCCUUGAACGAUCUGUUGGUGGCUCGAGAACUCCGAGUCCUGAGCGAAAUAUUCGACGAGUUGAUGACACAGAUGAGUUCAGUUUGUCCGAGACUCGAAGUCUCGGUGUGACCAGGCACACAAAGAACCUCCGUUCAAGAACUCGCCCUAUUUCUGCAGAAGGUUCGCCACCGCACCCUGCGCCAGUGGACAAGGCUCGAUGCCAUCCGAUUGAAUCGCCCAAGAAGCAAUCUGCAAAGACCAGCCCUAUACAAGAUACGCCGUAUUCGCCCUCACAGCGCCAGCCUCAACCUCCGAGCCCAAAAUCGCAACCCAAACCACACCCACGGACACCAAAGAAGACUCGCGUCUUUUCCUCCCUGGUCGCCGACGCCUCCGAUCUCGAAGACGAACUGAGCAUCCUCUCGUCGUCCGUCGCGCGGACCCCGACAUCAAACGCCUCGCUCCGCGCCAGCUUCAUUCGCGGCGUCUCCCAGACGCCCUCGGCCGCACGCGCAUCGCCCACGCCCCGCCACCUCCACCUCGGCCGGAAACCUUCUCUGCCGCGCCUCCCGGCCACUGAUGGUGGCGCAGUGAGGUACGGACUCAAGAGGCGACAGCCCACCACCUCCGGCCUUGCGCAGAGCUCGCCUCUGGCUCGCAGCGUGCUGCUGAGGACGCCGCAAAAGAAGGUGGAUUCCGGCGGGAGUCGAGCGGGCAGUCCCACAGAUAGCACCAUGCGGACGCCCAGAGGCACGACGAUGCGUUGUGGCGAAGAUGGGUUCGUGUGCGACAGGGAUUUCUGCUUUACGUGUUGUGAAUAUGUUGUUUACGUCUAACUUGGCGAGCAUAUUCAUAAAGAGAUGUCGGACCCAGGUACGUUGGUAUUGUACAGUAAGGAGGCGGAGUACUUGAAAGUCACAGGUCGAAUAGAUAGCUAUACAUAGCGAGUAGUAGAUAUACCCCAGCAUGGUCAAGUUGAAAGAUAAUGCGUCAUUCUAUCACAUGGGUACAGGAAAUAUCGCGCGCAUGAACGUUCAGCAGAACAGAUAACGUGGGGGAGAAUGAUUCUUAUUAACGGGA